UCCUGGUUCCCCACGUGUGCAGGCUGUGCAGGAGCUGUGUGCUGUUUCUAACAUCAUGAAGCCGAGAAGAAAUCGGAAGCAAGCGCCAAGCUUUCGCAAGCUGCUUAAAACCAGCAAGAUAAAGCUUGACAACAAACUAAAAAACAAGCAGUAUAAACAGGAGAGCUUUGCCAAGAAAAGCCGAAAAGAACAGAAGAAACUCAGGGAGGCAGUGCGAGAUGUUACCUCCAAGAUUCCAAAACCUCUGGACCAGCCGAAGAAGAAGCAACCAGCUGUUGAAGAUCAUGAGGUGGACGAAGACUGUCUUCCCUUGGACAUGAUGGAUGAAGAUGACAUUCAGUUAAUGAAGGAAAUGGCUCAGAGGGCUUCUUUUCUCACCAGAGACCUAUCGUCUAGUGAGCCAAUCCAUGCCACCAAAAAUAAACAGGAAAGUGUGAUUGAAAAAUAUGAGAAGAUGCCAAGACGCUUGAAAAUGGAAGCUGAGAAGGAAGUUAUUCACCUGUUACCCAUUAAAGAUAAAAGUGGCAUCAUUCCUCAGACCAUGGAGAAGCCAGUUACUCACACAGAGGAACAAGAUGAUGAAGAGAUGGAAGUAGAGGAACCUGCUGAAGGUGUCCCCGAAGAACCUAUGCCGAUACUCAGCACAGAGGAACUGCUGAUCCAGAGGAAAGUCAAGCUGGAUCAGAGGAAAACCCAAAUUGCCACUCUGGCCUCCUCUAUCCUUACAGAUCCAGAGAACAAUAUUAAAAAGCUGAAAGAACUGCGAUCCAUGCUGAUGGAGCAGGACUCUACGGUGGCUGUGACCGUCAGGAAAUUAGUUAUGUUGUCUUUAAUGGAAGUCUUUAAAGACAUUACACCUUCGUAUAGGAUUCGACCUCUAACAGAAGAAGAAAAAUCAUCAAGGGUCAAGAAAGACACUCAGAGGAUCAGAGAAUUUGAAGAAGGCUUAGUCAGCCAGUACAAGUUUUAUUUGGAAAAUUUGGAGCAAACGUUAAAAGAUUGGAAGCAAAUGAAGGUGAAGAAAAGUGAGGUGGUCUCAGUAAAGGCUUACAAAGGAUUGGCCGAGGUCGCAGUUAAAUGCCUAUGUGAGCUUAUGGUGUCACUAUCACAUUUCAACUUCCAUAACAAUAUCGUCGUCUUGGUUGUACCCCUUAUCAACGACAAAUCAAAGCAGAUUUCAGGAAUAUGCUUUGAGGCUGUAAAAAAAAUGCUCAGACAGGAUAAGCUUGGACAUACUUCUUUGGCUGCAGUAAAAAUCAUUUCUGGCCUGGUGAAGAGCCACAAUUACGAUGUUCGUCCUGAGGUUCUCAACAUCUUGCUUAACUUGCGGAUUAAAGAGGUUGAAGUAAAAAAAGACACUGAAGAUAUUGCCCCGAAACAAAAAUUCAUGUCUUAUAAAGAAAAGAAGAAAAAUCUCUCAAGAAUGCAGAGAAAGUGGAAGAAAGCCGAGGAAAAGUUGGAAAAAGAGUUACUGGAAGCAGAGGCCUCUGAAAACAAGGAGAAGAAGUUGAAGCUGCACACGGAGACGCUGAACAUCGUUUUUCUCACCUACUUCAGAAUACUGAAGAGAGCGCAGAAGUCUGUACUCCUACCUGCUGUUCUGGAAGGCCUUGCAAAGUUUGCUCAUCUUAUCAACAUAGAAUUUUUUGAUGAUCUUCUCAAGGUCCUUUAUACUCUCAUUGAUUCCGGGGAUCUCAACUACAGAGAGAGUCUGCACUGCGUCCAGACAGCAUUUAAUAUCCUUUCUGGGCAAGGUGAUGUUCUGAAUAUUGAUCCCCUGAAAUUCUAUACACACCUUUAUAAAACAUUACUUAAGCUCCAUGCAGGCGUUAACAAUGACGACAUACUGAUAGCCCUUCAAUGCUUGGAAGUGAUGCUUGCCAAGCGUAGGAAGCAAGUAUCCCAGCAGAGAGCCCUCUCUUUCUUAAAGCGGCUAUCCACACUGGCUCUGCACGUGCUCCCGGACUCCUGCAUUGGGAUUUUGUCAACCAAUCGAGGAAUUAUGCAAACAUUCCCAAAGACCGACAUCCUGCUUGACAACGAGUCCCAAGGCAGCGGCCUCUACCUACCGGAGCUGGAUGAGCCAGAAUACUGCAAUGCCCAGAACACUGCGCUGUGGGAGCUGCACUGCUUGCGGAGGCAUUAUCAUCCUGUAGUGCGAAUAUUUGCUGCUCACCUCUGUGCCGGAGCUCCAUCUGAAGGCUCGGAAGGUCUCAGAGCAGAACUAAGUCGCAAAUCUACAGUAGAACUUUUUGCAGAUUACACAAUCAACGGGAUGACAUUCAAUCCACCAAUUUCGGAUACAGUUUGCAAGAAAAAGGUUAAAGCUAGAGCGAAUGAGGUAAAAGAUGAUCUAAAUGGACUAAUACAAAAACAUCUUGAAAAAGUAUCUUCAGUACAACCGGACUUUGCUUCCUAUUUUAAGCCCAUUUCAACAUAAUUUUAAGUGAUAUUCGGUGAUGGACUAACCCGGUACUUGCCAGUUUUUGGAAGUGGAUGUUUGAAGAAGUGAGAAAAAAAAACCCACAAUUCUGGAGACCGCGAUUGCAUUCUCUAUGGAUUUGUGCCUCUUUUGUAUAUAAGGGUUUAAACAAAAGUUGCAAACCAGCCUUUGUAAAGCAGAAAUAAAAGAUUUCCAGUCCUAGAUUCUUUA